AUGUGGCCUGGGCCGACUGGGCCUAAUGCCUGGCUGCGACUGGUACUUGUUUUUACAGAGGUUCCCCUAGCUGCAAACCAUGCCCGCCGCUUUGAUUCAACAGAAGGACCAGCGCUGGCAUACUGCCCUCCACUAGUGUCAAUUGGGGCUCUGCCCCCAGACUGCGAGUUGGAGACGCUCCUGCAGGAGGGAAUGAUGCUCAGCUUCUAUGGCCAUGUGGAGGAGAUGGAGUGGGCACUUGCAGAUGCCAGCGAGGCUGGACGAAUCACCUCCGACAUUGCCAACGCCAUGCUCAGCUUUGCUGAAAGCCUCAGCUUGAUGCUUUGCAUGGGAAGAUUCAGGUGCGUGUAUCCAACGAAGGAAGAAUUUGAGUCCGCUUGGAAUUUCUCGUGUGAACAGCUGCUGUCACGUGCACCUCCCAAUUUCCCUUGGAUUUCGACGGAGCCCUGCAGCGCUGGCAACGAGCUCAUGGAGGUCAUGAGUUUGGUAAUGCAGCGUCUUCGAUACAACUUUGGUCUACCCGGAAGGCUGGCCCGAUACCCUCUCGAUGUCGCUCCUGCCUGCGAUGGGGUGAAAGAGCCGGACGUCAUCCAGAGGUGGCCUUUCAUGUCGCUCAACGGGACUUUCGGUCAGUAUGUGGUAUCUACUACCCAAACUCCCUUCAUGGACAUCUUCGAUCGCUUUCGUGAACUGCGGCAGGUGAUGCCUUCUGAGCUUAUUGUUGUAAAUCUGGGUGCACAUGAUGGAGCUUGCAAGGAUGGUGCCGUAGUGAAAGACGUGGCAAAUUGUGCCUUUGAUCUCGGAGCACGGGGAGUCGCAGUGGAGGGAUUGACAUUGGCGAGCACUUUGGAAGGCCGCUGGAAAGAUGUCCUUGUCCAUGUGGGCUAUGUUUCCCCAGCAAACGUGACCGAGAUUGUGGGGACUGCUUUGUCCAGACUGGCAGCGAAACACGUUGACCUGCUGAAGAUCGAUUUUGAUCAUGCAGACUGUUUCUUUGCAGAGGCUCUCUUGCGCCAUGGCCUCGCUCCAGCCUUCAUGGUUGUAGAAUACAACCGGAUCUUCCCACCACCUAUCCGCUUCAAGGAACGUUUCUCGGAAGCCAAAGCAGGUCGCAUGGGUCAAUCCUGGAUGGACGGCAAGCGAAGCCAGCAUUGGUCUGGAUGCAGCAUGCAGGCCUGGCAUGAUACCGCUGCUGCUCACGGCUAUGAGCUUUUGCAGGCAACGCUUUUCGAUUUGACCUUCCUUCACCAAAAUGUCAAGCACCUGGAUCUUGGGCUUGACAGCCUGAACGGUUGGCCAUCCUCGAUCUUCAACACAUGGCUGGCUUCCGCUUACUGCUUUGCUCCCUCACGUCGUCUUUAUGGUCACCAGGCUUUUGCAAGUUUGGAUCUUCGAGCAUUGCCUGAGUUGCCUGCGGACGAUCGUUGUGCAUUGGCAGCGAGGUGGUGGAGUUCGGAGGGUCAGACAUCCCAAUCAGAGCUGUACUGUUAA